UUUGAAAAGAAAGCUGAGGAUAAUGCAAUAUCAUUUCAUCCAAAUAUAAUAUUUGAACCAAAGCAAUUAUGGAUGCUCAAUUAUCAUCUUUCUUGCCAUGCCUCCAGAGGGGAGUAUUUAAUGUAAGCCCGCAAAUACAUGGAAGUCUAGUUCUCCAAGAACCCAGAUGAAGCUUACCAAGAACGACACUGGAGAGAUCGUUCCGCUCCUACCGGACAUCGGAUCAUCAGAAAAUGUAACAACUAAUGGUGCAUCAUUUUCUGGGGCAGUUCUGAACAUAUCAACAACCAUGAUAGGAGCUGGAAUCAUGUCAAUUCCAGCAACAAUCAAGGUCCUGGGUAUUGUUCCUGGAUUCAUAGCUAUACUUGCAGUUGCAUUUUUGGUAGAGGUGACUGUGGAGUUUAUGUUAAGGUACAGUCAAUUAGGCCGGGCAGCUACAUAUGCUGGCCUUAUGGGGGUGUCCUUUGGUUCAUUAGGAUCACUUGCUGUGCAAAUCUGUGUUAUUAUAACCAACCUUGGUUGUCUUAUCAUCUACUUGAUCAUAAUUGGGGAUGUCCUGUGUGGUAAUCAAUCUGGUGAGGCCUUACAUUUAGGCGUUCUACAAGAAUGGCUCGGUAUCCAUUGGUGGAACUCGCGUGCUUAUGCGCUUCUCUUCAUAGUGCUCUUUGCAAUGCUUCCUGUGGUCUUGUUACGCCGUGUAGAUUCACUGAAGUACACUUCAGGAAUAUCCAUUCUACUUGCAGUGGUGUUUAUUGCCAUAUGUUCAGCUAUGGCAAUUUAUGCAAUGUGGCAAAACAAGACUCAGAAACUUAGACUAUUCCCAGACUUUGCCAAUCUGACAUCCAAGCUUGACCUUUUCACCACUAUCCCGGUUUUCGUGACGGGUUUGGGAUUCCAUAUUAAUGUUCAUCCAAUAAGAGCAGAACUUGGAAAAACUUCAGAUAUGAACUCUGCUGUCAGGAUUUCUCUGAUCAUCUGCGUUGCACUAUAUUUUGCUAUUGGAUUUAUUGGUUAUUUACUCUUCGGUGAUUCAGUCAUGGCUGACAUUCUAGUAAACUUCGAUCAGAAUUCUAAUACGCCAAUCGGACGAUUACUUGAUGACAUCGUUCGAUUAAGCUAUGCAGUCCAUCUGAUAUUUGUAUAUCCUGUUAUGAAUUUCUCUUUGAGAGCUAACAUAGAUGAAUUGCUCUUCCCCAAGAGACCUAUUUUGGCCAUGGACACUACAAGAUUUGUGUCUCUAACCUGCGCUCUACUGGCUGCUACUUAUACAACAGCAAUAGCAAUUCCAAAUAUAUGGUAUUUUUUCCAGUUCAUGGGAUCAACCACCAUUGUUUGCCUCUCAUUUAUUUUUCCAGGCUUGAUCAUUCUUAGGGAUGUUCAUGGAAUUUCCACAACAAGGGAUAAGAUCAUGGCAGGAUCAGUGAUUUUUCUUGCUGUUGUGACCAGCUCUAUCGCCAUAUAUACCAACCUGCAAAGUUCCAAGAAAUGAUCAAUAUUUUUCCUUUCUUUUGCAAAUGUAAUUUUUCUUUUUAUCUACAUAUACUCAAUCUUUCUUACCGCCCCAUUUAUUAGAAUCAGUUUGGAUGGUGGCAUCAAUGGCUUUUUUCAUUGGGUUUAGUGAUUGUGAUCCCAAACAUAAUGACAUAAUGAUAUACUCAGCAUCCGACACUCCUCACCUAAUUAUAAAGCCGCAUGUGUAUCUUCAUUUGAAA